ACAGGGAGCCCUGCCACCAUGAGCUUCACUGGGAAGUACGAGCUCCAGUCCCAGGAGAAUUUUGAGCCUUUCAUGAAAGCCCUUGGAAUUCCUGAUGAAAUGAUCCGAAAGAUCAAGGACAAUAAGUACACUGCAGAGAUUGUGCAGGAUGGGAAAAAGUUCAAGGUCACUGCGACCAUUGGCUCCAAGGUGAUGAGAAACGAGUUCGCCAUUGGGGAGGAGUUUGACUAUGAGCUGAUGACGGGACAGAAAAUCAAGGCUCUUUUUCAGAUGGAAGGGAACAACAAACUGGUGGGAACCAUGAAAGGGAUGAAGUACAUCAACGAACUCAAUGGAGAUGUCAUGACCAGUGUAGCCACCAUGGGUGACCUCACCUACAAGAGGAUCAUGAAGAGAAUCUAGAAGCCCUGCACACCUCUCUGUGUGAAAUGUGUCUAUUA